GCGGCGGAGCCGGCGGUGCCCGCGGCGUCUCCUCCGCAGCGUCCCCGCUGUGUCCCCGCUGUGUCCCCGCUGUGUCCCCGCAGCCCCUGCCCGCCCCCCAUGGAGCUGCUGUGCGUGGAAUCCGCGCCCCGCGCCCCCCGCGCCGGGCGGGACCCGCAUCUGCUGGGGGACCGGCGGGUGCUGCAGAACCUGCUGAGCCUGGAGGAGCGCUACAGCCCCCGCGUGUCCUACUUCCAGUGCGUGCAGCGCGACAUCCAGCCCUACAUGCGGAAGAUGUUGGCCUUCUGGAUGCUGGAGGUGUGUGAGGAGCAGAAGUGUGAGGAGGAGGUGUUCCCCCUGGCCAUGAACUACGUGGAUCGGUUCCUGGCCUCGGUGGCCGUGCAGAAGAACCACCUGCAGCUGCUGGGGGCUGUGUGCAUGCUGCUGGCCUCCAAGCUGAGGGAGACCAUGCCCCUGACUGUGGAGAAGCUCUGCAUCUACACCGACAACUCCAUCACCCCCCAGGAGCUGCUGCGCUGGGAGCUGCUGGUGCUGGAGAAGCUCAAGUGGGACCUGGUGUCGGUGACAGCCAACGAUUUCCUGCCGCACAUCCUGCAGCGCCUGCCGCUGCCCCCCGACAGGCUGGAGCUGGUCAGGAAGCACGCGCAGACCUUCAUCGCCCUCUGCGCCACAGACUGCACCUUUGUGAUGUACCCCCCGUCCAUGAUCGCCACCGGCAGCAUCGGCGCCGCCGCGCACGGCCUGGGGCUGCCGGGCAGCGCAGAGGCCCUGAGCGAGCUGCUGGCCAGCACCACGGGCACCGAGCUGGACUGCCUGAAGGCCUGUCAGGAGCAGAUCGAGGCGGCCUUAGCCGAGAGCCUGAAGCAGGCAUCCCAAUCCCAGCAGGAAUUCAGCGCCAAGGCGGCGCCCUACGGGGGCAGCCAGCCCACCAGCACCCCCACGGACGUCACCGACGUCAACCUGUGACCAAGUGCCCUUGCCCAGAGCUCCAGCCCCUCCCUGGACACCCCCAGCUCGCUGCAUCCCCCCCUGCCCACCCAGCUGCUCCCAGGGGCCCCUGCCAGGCUGGAGCUGCUGCAGAGGCCGUGCCGGGGCACGGGGAGCAGGAGCCUGGAUGAAGUUGGAAUUGUUUCUCUGUUGGUGUUUCCUGGCUCUCCGGGCUGUUCACGGCCACUUCCAGCCCCGUGAGGGACAAAAAAAAAAAAAUCACAGAGCCAGCCCUGCAGGACCUGAGUCCUCGUCACCCCCAGCUCCUUACUGCGGGGCCACGGGGCUCCUGGAGCAGCUGCUUGGUGGCCCCUGGCUCCUGAUUGCUUCGUGCCACGUCCCCACAGCUCCAGGGGAGUCGUGCAGCUGCUUCUGCUUGGAGAGGAGCCGUGGGGCUUGUUUGUUUUUGCUGUUGGAUGUGGGAUUUUGGGGACUUGGGAGGAGUUCGGGGUCCCCUCGGCUGCUUAAUUUAUUGUUCACUGCUGGGAAAGGGGAGGGAGGAGAGCUGGCAUUGCUGGAUGCUGCUUUCCUCUCCUUCCCAAAAAAGUGCCUUCCCCCUUUGGCCCUUCCCUGGCUCCCUGGGCAGUGGCAGGCUCUCCUCGGAGCGGGCCCUUUGGUAGCUUAGGCAUCAGACUAGGAUUUAAGGAAAACCUCUGAACGUGCUGCUAUAGUCUGGGAUGCAUCUCCACUCUUCCAAGGCAGGGAUUUCAGAUCGUGCUCAGGAGGGAGCUGCGUUCAUCCACGUGGAUCUGAGCUCUGCCUCCUGAGAGGGUGGGAAACUUUGCUGCGCACUUGAGUUGGAAAAGCAAUUACUGCAUUUUUGUAUUGUUGUUGUUGAUCCUCGUUAGUUUUUUAUAAAAAUUGUUGUAAAACAGAAAAAAAAAAAGAAAAGAAAAAAAAAAUAA